AUGAAAUAUUUUUAUUAUUUUGCUUACGGUAGUAAUUUAUUGAAAGAGAGAAUCCGGGUACAGAAUAAGGGUGCUGAGUAUGUUUGUAAUGGAACUCUUAAUGGUUUUAAACUAGCAUUUGUACACGAAUCACAGAGAUGGAAAGGAGGCUUAGCUACCAUCUUAGGUGAUGAGAAAGAGCAGGUUUGUGGUUGCGUAUGGAAAGUUCCUUUGGAGUAUUCUCCAGAAUUGGAUAAACAAGAGUGUGGAUAUCACAGGCUCACAGUGCCGGUUCAAUGCGCUGAGUCAGUGAUCGAAUGUAGAACUUAUCAGUUUUCUGAUCUGGAUGCAGAACUCAAGAAACCAUCACCACAUUACAAGACUGUGAUAUUAGCAGGAGCUGUAGAGCAUGGACUACCCGAACCGUAUAUCAAGAAGUUGUACGGUAUUGAUGAUAACGGUUUUCGAGGAGUAGUCGAGGUUGACUUAGAUGUCAUAAGAACUUUAAAUGUUCAAAAAUAA